UGUAAAAAAAAUAAGUCAUACACUCCUCGUAUUUUCGUAGUGCCUCUAAGUUGGAUGGCUUGCAUUUACAUUCUCGCAUUGAACUAUUGACAAGAGUAAUGUGAAAAGUUUGAUGAAGUGAAUGGUGGAACAAUGCCAAGGAAAAAGAAAAACACUGCACGGAUCAGCGUGGAAGACGGCACGAUUCUGCACUCUGGGCAGCAGGCCGAUAUCACUGUGUCUUCGGGCACAGAGUCGGCGCCAAGGCUACACACACCCGAUCCCGACAGUGCACAAGUCGUCCAAAGUAUGCUAGAGAUGUUCUCUCAUCUGGAUAGUGAGGUCGUUUAUAUGGUUCUAUCGGAAUGUGACUUUAAAGCUGAUGUUGCAAUGGAUUCUCUUUUGGAACUGUCCAAGGAAGCAGAGGGUAUUUGUAUAUCUUCAAAUCCAUCAGGGUUUGAAUUGGCUGCUGCUGCAUUAUGCCAUCCAAAAAAUGAAGCUGUGGGAGAGGGCAAGAAUUCUGAAAUGAAUCUGUACUUGGCACUGGAUACAGAUGACUCUGCUGGAAUGUAUUUAACAGAAGAAUUUGAUUCAUUAUUGGACAGUGAGUUUGAGAAAUCAUAUAAUUCCUCCCAAAACAUCUCAUUAAACAGAAAUUCUGAAAGUGACCAGCAGUUGCCGGAACUAAUUCAAAUAAGUUUGAGGAAUGAUGUUUUAAAAACUCAAAGUAAACCAGCAAUCAGCGGAACUAAUUGUGAAACUCUUUCAUCCACACCGGAAAGUAGCUGUUCCCAAAAUGUGACCAGUCUGGGAUGUCAUCUCAAUAAAUUGAAAUUGACUGACUUUAGUUAUUUGUUGGGAAAUGAGGAGCACAUGGAUAACACCCCUGCAUGCAAAGAUAACAUUAAUUUAGGACCACAGUGCAAAAAUGAAUCAUCAAAGGUAUUUGCAAAUAACAGUACUUGCCAAAGGUCACCCAAACAUUGUCCUUCUUUAGGAAUAGAUAGACCUGUUCAUGAACAACAGAUAACAACUUGUAAUGAUGUUCACAAAGUAGGCCCUGGGCAUGCUGAAGUGGUGGUGCAGAAUUCUCUGGGUUUUACAGAUGCAAACAGUGCAACAGAACCAAAAAAGGUUUGUCAACUGCCUCAAACUGCAUGGAAUAUGAAUGCUCCAGAAUUUUACCCGUCAUCUGAAGGAUACACCUUUGUUAUGCCUGUUGUAUUAAACCCUACAUUAUGGCGACCCAUACCUCAUCCUGCUCACCAGGUGUCUGCUCUUCCUAUUGCACCAACCUGGAAAAGAUGCAGUCAGAAUUCACCAGCAAAAUUUUCUUCACAACAGCAGGUCUUUGAAUUAACCAAAAAAACAGCAUUUGGUGGUCAUCUUCUGGUAAUUCUGAGAGGUGCUCCAGGCUCUGGGAAAUCCACACUGGCCAGGCAAAUAUUGGAGCAAAAUCCUGGUGGGAUAAUCCUAAGCACAGAUGAUUACUUCUCUUCUGGUAGUCAAUAUUCUUUUGAUGGAGCUCUUCUGGAAGAGGCACAUGAAUGGAAUCAUAAGCGGGCAAAAGAAGCUUUCAAGAAAGGCCUGUCUCCCAUCAUAAUUGAUAACACAAACACUCAAGGAUGGGAAAUGAAACCGUAUGUUACCCUGGCUAUUCAUUACAAGUAUAAAAUUAUAUUCCGUGAGCCAGACACAUGGUGGAAACACAAACCUAGGGAACUGGAAAGGCGCACUAAACAUGGCGUGCGAAAGGAAGCACUUAAAAAAAUGUUGGAGCGGUAUGAGCAUUACAUCACUGUGCAAAGCAUUAUGGAGUCAUGUUACAAAAAGAGAGUAGCUGAAGAGAAUAAAGACUGCCACCUUAUCCAGGAAGAGGUUAUAAACUUGCCUUUAAAACCUGAUAUUUUAGAAGACCAACACAGCAGAACACCACCUGCAGCUGGCAAUUUAAGCACUGCAUCUUCCCCUGAUGUACAAACGGGAGACCAAUAUACAACCUCUGAAAAUGUGGCUUGCAAGAUCAAACCAGGUCAACUCCUACCAAGUAAUGACACUGCCCAAGUCGGAGAUGUUUUGUUUUCUGCUGCUAGUGUGGAACAUGUAGGUGGAUUAAGUUGUAAGGAAAUGAAAAAAACUUUGCAUAUAUCUGACAGCAAUAAUGAAACGGUGGAAAAUGAUGCUGAAAUUGUUUUAUCUGAGAGCACAUUGAUGUCAGCUGGAGAUAGGACACCAGUGCCCUUCUGUCAGUCUAUUGGCCAAAGGGUCCGAAGAAGUAGGCAGAGGAAUUCAGAGGUAGAAAACAAGGACCAGGAAGACAGAAAAGUCAUGAAUGCACAAAGCUUUACUCAGCCUUCAGAAAAGUGUAAUUUGUGGGUUGAACACACUAUUCAAAAAAAUCAAAACUACCAGGAGCUACUUAUCUUCAAAGAUGACUGGCCCAUAAAUCAGUCACGCGAGCAGCGGAUGCAGAAGUCAGGGAGAAGGAAAAGAUCAGAGCUAUCUGCAGAGAAACAUAACAGUAAUACUGAAAAAAUGAGAGAAAAGAAAUAUCAUAUGAACAGUGAAAUGCAAAAACUUAUGAACAUGCUUGAAGUAGAACCCAAAAUAGCUGUGAGCCAAAACUUGGACUCUGUUGAUGAUGAAGGAUUUACAAUGCAUACAGUGGUAGAAAGUGAUGAUGGUUUUGGUAAUUCUCAGUCUUUUGCCAGUUUAAACCCAAAAGAAUAUGAAAAGCAGGCUGUAUCAUACAUUGUGGAAAACAUUUCUUCCAUACCUAUUUCUGAAAAUGGUUAUUUAGAGGCAAUCAAAAGCAAAAGUCCUGAAGAUACAUUUUUAGGUGAUUAUUCAAUAAGUAAUGCAGAUGUAACCUCUAUGAUUAAUGCAGAUAAACAGACCAGUGGCACCGAAACUGAAGAAGUCAAUUGUUCUGUAGACCAAUUAAUUUCAAAUAAUAGUCAAUUUGUAGUUAAUGAAGAUGAUCAAUACGAUAUUCAUAAUAGUCAACAUCAAAUGAAUAAGCAAGUUCGAAGACCUGGCAAGCAGUGUAAAUUAGCUCUUACGUUUGCAAAAAAUACUCCCAAAUCUCCAGAAACAUGUGGUGAUUCUCCACAAACUCUACUGUUCAGUGAAGUCACAGUGAAAGACUCCGCUCUCUGUUCACCUGAGUCUGUGGAAGUCCAGCCUAACGGUGUAUCACAAACUUAUCAAAUGGCAUCCCAGUUAGAUGAAGUUGCAUUCACUUCUCUGAAAUCUAGAAUGGAUGAUGUGACUAUGCUUGAAGGACAAAUGGGAUCUUUAGCCAGAAUAGUUCAGUGUCAGGAUCACACCUCUGAUAUUGUAGCAAGUAAUGCGUCCAUGUCCCAUCGGAUAGAUGAGCAUAUUUCUCCACCUGUCCAGACUCCUGAUGAAAAUGAACAGAUCCCACAAACCACCACAAGGUUUUCAUCCCUAUCACCCUGUUUGGAUGAGCUUAUUCCAGAAACGGUUGACUUUGCCUCAUGGUCAACUGAUGUGAAUGAAGCAGUCUCUGUGGAUAUACCAUGCAGUGCCUCUUAUUUACCUGAGACCGAUUUGUUUAUUUCUGAAACAAAGACAGACUCUAUGUUAAAAUUAUACAAUACUGAUGAAAGCAUCACAAAUGUUUCAUUAUGGUGUUCUCUAAAUUCAUUACAAGAAAAUGAUCCAGUUGUUGAAAUCUCUGAAGCUGAAUCAACUUGCCAGCUAGAAGAUUUGGUCAGUAAAAAUGUAAUUUCUUUAUCUGAAACUUGUCAGUUUAAUGAAGUAUUCUCUCAAACCGAAAGAAGCUUUGUGAAUUGUGAUGAAUUAAACAAAAAUGAAGGUAACUUUGCUUCCAGAUCAGCACAGUUGAAUAGUGGCAGCCUAGAUUUUACAUGUUUUCAUAAUAGUCCCUUAAAUCAGCUAAGUGAUCUUCCAAGCUGCUCUGAAUCAUACAAAACUGAUGAAAAUAUCUCUGAAAUUAAAGAAUACUCUGCCACAGUAUCUCCUCAACUAUAUGAAGUCAGCCAUGUUACUACAAUAAGUUGUUCUUCCAAAUUGUCCCAGCUAAAUGAAGCCACAAAAGCUGUGAUAAACUGUAAUUUUGGGCCACCCCUAAUUGAAGAUGCUUUAACUGAAGCUGGAGUGAGUUAUCUGUCUGACUCCUCUCAACCAAAUUACGUUAUUCAGGACAUUACAGUGAGUUCUACAACUGAGUCUUCUCAUUUGGCCAUCUUAGAAAUUAUUGAAAGUUCUGCACCUGAAUGUCCCAAAUCUGAUAAAGCUGCUACAGAAAUAAUAAAGUCUCAAUACAAAUUUUCAACUUUGCCUGAAGUCACCACAGAUACUUUUCCUUCUGUUGAGACCCCUCCGUCUAAUGAGGUUGGCACAGAAAUUGUAAAGAUCUCUCCUUCUCUAUCACCACAGUCUGAUGAAGUAAUCUCUGAAUAUAUUGUAGCAUCCGCCCCUGAAUCUGCUUAUUUUGAAAAAAUUAGCUCAGUUGAUCACAUCAUCGGAGACUCAGUAAAAAAACAUAUAUCUGCUGUUUCAACUCAGACUGCACCAGAAGAUUUUACAUUAGUGUGGAGAGUAGAGAAAGAGACAGUUGAUACGUCUGGAGUAAAAGUUUUAAUAGGAAACAAAGAUAACUUUAAGCCAAAGAUUUUAGAUUCAAUAUUAUUAGUUAGCUGUCUGCAAGUGCCAUAUAGAGCAGUGUAUGAGAAAAGCACUCAAGUGGAAGAAAGUGAAUUUAAGAAUAAGGAUAAAGUGAGAAAUCUUCACAUUCUCAAGCAACACUUUAAACUGGUUUCUUAUGACAUCUUAGAGGACUUGUAUGAAAAGUGCAAUAAUGAUUUAGACUGGACUAUUAAUUUGUUGCUGGAUUCUGGUGAAAGGUUCUACAAGGAAGAUGCAGAGGAUAACACCGAGUUUGCAGGGUUAAAGGAAAUGAUUUUUGUUGAUCACACCCCUCAUGACUUAAAUAGUAAAGAACUAUUAAACAUUGGCAUUUCAGGUGAAAAACAUGUUGAAAAUACUGAAGCUGUGAUAAAUAAUCCACUGUGUUCUCAUCAGAAAGAGUUUUACUGUAAUUAUCUAGAAAUAAAGUGUGAUAGUAAUCCUGCUGCAAACUCAUGCUGUCUAGAGGAAAUGUGUAAUAGAAGUGAAUUGAAUGUUGAGCCUUUUCAGCCACAAGUGUUUCAACAACCCCGUAUUCAAGACAGAGAUCUUGUGUUGAGCAGUAAUUUGGAGUUGCGGGAACAGUUGCACAAAGAUAAAACACUGAAUGAACUAAAGGGCGACUUAAAAGCAGCAAUAUCUCAACAAAAUACUUUGACUGGUUUAAAUAAUAGUUCACUGUUGAAUUCAUCAGAAUGUAGAGAAAAAUUGGAAUUGUCAUUGACUUCUUCAGAAAUGCAGAAACAAAAUCAUACUAAGCAAUCAAAUGGAAAGAAAAUGGAACCUUUACAUAUCAAAACUUUAGAGCUCUGUUUGCCUCCAGAGCUGGCAUUUCAACUCAGUGACCUAUUUGGACCAGUUGGGAUUGAUCCAGACAUGUUAUCAAUAGAAGAUUGCAUUGUCCAAAUAGAUCUGAACCUGGCAAAGCUGAUACACCAGAAAUGGAAGGAUUCACUGCAGGAGCGACAGCGUCAAGAGGCUUUGUCAUAUCAUCUCCUUGAAGAAAAUUCUACAUGUCCAAAUCAUCAUAAGCUGGAUGAAGUUCAUAAAGCCAACUGGGCUUUCACUGGCUUUGAAGGGGCCAAGGAGUCAAGGCAGUGGGAGUUACCUUACAUGAACCACUGGACUACUCGAAUAUCUCAUGUCUCUUUGAGAGACAUUAUGUCUGAGGAAAUGGCCUUAGAAGAACAUAUAAAGGCAAAAGAUGUGCCAUUUCUAGGGAGAAGAGAUGGAGCUGUUAUGCUUAAAGAAAAACAACUGUUCAAAAUGUUUCCAAGUAUUGAUCAACAUUUUCUGCUGGAUAUUUUCAAAGAUAACAACUAUUCUCUCGAGCAGACAGAACAUUUCUUAAAAUCAUUACUUGAUGAAGAACCUGCAAAAACAGUUGUUGCCAAGAAUGUCAUACAACGUACUGAGUUAUCUCGGCCUCAAAAUAAAGAAAAGAAAAAGAAGCAGAAGGAUGCCGAAGAGAAUGAUGAAAGUCGGUUAUAUCAAGACACAGUAGAUCCUGACUAUGAUGAUUACAGGGCUGAAGCAUUUAUUCAUCGUCUAAAGCAACAGGAAUGCUUCAGUAAGGCAGCAGAAGCUUAUCGUAGAGGCAUGAAGGAUGUUGCUACAUACUAUGCUCAACAAGGACAUCUUCAUGGACAGCACAUGAAAGAUGCUCACUAUCGAGCAGCCAUUAAAAUUUUUGAGAGAGUCAAUGCUUCUUUGCUGCCUCAGAAUGUCCUGGAUCUUCAUGGACUUCAUGUUGAUGAAGCCAUCCAUCAUCUCAAGAGGGUGAUACAGGAGAAACAGACAGAAUACCAGCAAUGUGGUGGUAAACCACACCUCUCUGUGAUUACGGGAAGAGGAAACCACAGCCAAGGAGGAGUAGCUCGCAUCAGGCCAGCCGUCAUAGACUACCUCACAAACCACAGCUUCAGGUUUUCUGAGCCAAAGCCUGGGGUUUUGAACAUAAUGCUGAGAUAAGUACUAUUGUGAAACAGGAUACGAGAAAGCAGUUUUCUUAGUAAAAGCUGCAUGCAUCCAAGAAUUUAAACUGACUUUUUUUUUGUUUUGUUUUUAUAACUUUACUGUGCACUAUUUGUACAAUGUUAGUUUCUCUUUUAUAAUGCAUUUUUAAAAAUGAAUUUCAGUUUUUUUGAAACAUUUUUUAUUUUUAAAGGAUUAAAAUGCCUUUUAAUAUCUUCCAUUUACCUACUUCCAUUCACUUUUUUAACGUCUUUAAGCUGAUUUUUAUUUAAAUAAACUUAAUAAUUACUUAAUCAAACAAGUACUUACUUAAAAUGAUAUUGUUGAUAUUGUUAUAAAUAUGACUCAGGGUUUUUAAAUACAUAGCUUUUUAAGUAAUUAAAAGUGUAUGUUUCCUCUGUAUAAUUUCUUACAAAACUUUAAGAAAAAAUAUUCUUAGCGUGUUAAAUAUUGCUUAACUUACCUAUUAAACCUAGUCAUGAUUUGUAACUUAAGACAAUUGCUUUUCAUAUUUUUUGUGAAACUGUUAAAAAUGACAAGUAUUCUCUACUGUUAUUCAUUUUCCUUAUUUGAUAUACUGCUGUAAAUAGGUUGACAACAUGCACUUGAAAAUUCCUCUCAUUAUCUCGUAGGACACUACACACAUUUUUUUGUGCUGUUAGUCACAUGCACACACUUAUUUUCAGAAACCUACACACAAAAUGAGAAAAUGGUGGUAUUUAGUAUUAAAGAACACUUUGAAUAAAUAAUAAGUUAAACUUUUGACAUAACUUAAUUAUUUUCUAUAAACAGUUUCUAGCCUAAACUGCACCAUAUUGUCUUCAGAAGCCUGAGAUGAGUUUUCAAGUACAUGAUUUUAAACUUGCAUAUUUUUAAAUCGUUUCAUUAUUUCAAUCAAUUCACUUUUAAAAUUGCAACAGUGGGUACUACUUACUCUAACUUCUUUUUUAUGCAAUGUCUAUUUUAUUACUUUU